CAAGGCCGUCCAAGACAACUACAUACCAACCGAGACCAGGCAAGCAGAGGCAGACAUCCACCACAACCAACAGCAGCAGCUCAAGCAGGCCAGGGAAGGAAGGGGGAGGGAGGACGAUGAGCACGGCGAGGUUCAUCAAGUGCGUGACAGUCGGCGACGGCGCCGUCGGCAAGACCUGCAUGCUCAUCUCCUACACCAGCAACACCUUCCCCACGGAUUAUGUGCCCACGGUGUUCGACAACUUCAGCGCCAACGUCGUCGUCGACGGCAACACGGUGAACCUCGGCCUCUGGGAUACCGCCGGACAAGAGGACUACAACAGGCUGAGGCCUCUUAGCUACAGAGGAGCUGAUGUCUUUCUGUUAGCAUUUUCCCUCAUCAGCAGAGCGAGCUACGAGAAUAUUCACAAGAAGUGGAUACCAGAACUAAGGCAUUAUGCUCCAAAUGUGCCGAUUGUGUUAGUUGGAACAAAGCUUGACUUGCGUGAGGACAAGCAGUUCUUCCUGGACCACCCUGGUUUAGCCCCUAUCACUACUGCACAGGGCGAGGAGCUGAAAAGGAUGAUAGGCGCAGCUGCGUACAUAGAAUGCAGCUCCAAGACGCAACAGAAUGUGAAGGCCGUGUUCGACUCGGCGAUAAAGGUCGUGCUGUGCCCACCCAAGCCAAAGAAGAAGAGCGCCCGGAAGCAGAGGAGUUGCUGGAUCGUAUGAGUUGGCAGUGUACAAACAUGGAGUUGCUCUUGCAUUUCUAUUGCUUGUGUUCGUGUUGUGUUGCUGCUAGACCCUGUCUGGGUUAAAAUUGAUAUGCUCCCGUGCUUCUUGCUUAUGUAGGCCUGUAGCCAAUAUUACUCUUCGGAUGUGUUAAUUACAAAUGAAUGCAUUGAUUCAGAUUGGGAUCCAGUGAUUAGGAAUCUACUGCUUACAUUCGUAACA